AUGUCUUCAUCGUUUGAUGAUUUAGUCGCCGAUCCAGUUCACCUUUCCGAUGAUGGUUUCGUAGUUGAAGACUCUCCGAUAUUGGUUACUGAGGAGGAGCAGAUUCUGUUCCCACUGUCGGAGAUGCAGCCUGAGGAGGGUUUUGCACUCAUAGAAUGGAGGAGAGAAAAUGCAUUGCAUUUAGAAGAGAAGGAGAAGAUAGAGAAAGAGUUGCUAAACCAAAUCAUUGAUGAAGUAGAUGAUUAUAAGAUUAAAUUCCACAACAGAUGA